UCGCUCUCCGCGUCUCAACAGGGCUAGCCUCCACCUUGACCGCGCUGCCGGAGCCGAGCAGCGCAUCAGUCUGCCACCCUCCCUUCGCCACUCCUACGACGAAAAGCGAGCAAGCCACACGCCCUCGCCGGCUGAGGAGCCAGAAGCAGGACCCUCCACCAGCCGACACGCCGCCCACCUGGUGGUUCCUGAAACGCGUAGGUUCAGGAGCCGGAGCAGAGGCAUAAGCCUGACAAAGCUGCAAGCACCGAUCGGGCUGAGCUUCCGGCCAGCCUCGAGGCAGAAGGAGGACAAAGGAAAGAGUAAGGCAGUCAUGGCGCCGCCGGAGGAUGCCGCGGACGGCUUUACGCCAGACCUGGAGCGCGGGCCGGCUCCCCUCAACCAGCGCCACUCGACGGCGUCCGGGAUAUCAGGCAUCGGGUCGGUCAUUUCGUCGAGCGAUUCGUCCAUAAUGGGAGACCCGGACCAGCCGCCAGACCACGGGGAAGAAUGGGGGCCGCAGCAUCCGUGCUAUCCACACCUGAAUCCACACGUUCCGAUUGACUCGCCCGAGUAUGCCAAUACACGCAUCAUCAGAGUCCGCCGGGACUGGCUGCUCGAGGGUGACCUCGCACCGACUUUCUCUAAUCUCUACCCCGAUAUUCUGGACCCAGCUGGCGUGUCGGAGCAAGAGUUCCGCCGCGUCAUUGACAAGUUGAACACUGAGCUUAUCCAAAUAUUUAACCCAUACUCCUGGAGGAACAUCUUGGACAACGCCCUCGGCCUGGCGACCGGCUGGCUCUGGGACGAUCUCGGUUUCACGUCGGCCAAGAUGCGGCUCCGGAAACUCGAGCAGUGGAUCGAGCAAUGGAAUUCCGAGAUGGAGAAGACGGUGGGGUCGGAAGAGGGCGUCAUCCCGCCCAAGAUUGUGCCCCUGAGGAAGACAGGGUACAUGACGGUAUGGCCGCCCAACUCUGCCUCUGGUGUGCGCAUGCUGACCGUCGCAGCUUGAUAUUCAAAUACCGGAUCCCGAACUCGCGCCUGCUUCCCCUACUAGCGCGAGCGCGUCAGGCGAUGGGCCGGACUCGUUGCCGGCCAAACCCCCUGCUGCG